AUGUCGGAAGUACAACAAUCUUUUCUGAAAAAGCUCUACGAGAAACUGGUUCAAGGUGACCACAAUGACAUAAAACUAGUCUUUGAAGAUGGCUCCACGACAGGAAGUAGACUGUGUCUGACAGCACUAUCGCCCUAUUUUGAGGCGAUGUUGACGUCUGACAUGUUGGAGAAGAACUCUGGAGUGGUCGAGUUACCGAAAGUGUCUAAACAAACCUUUGACGAUGUGCUGAAAUUUCAUAUCCUUGGUGAGGACGUCGUCAACGGCGUCAACUAUAUUGUAUUGAUUGACCUCGCCGAGAUGAUGCUGCUGGAUGACCUCAAGUCUGCCUGUCAGAGAUAUCUGAACAGCAGUCUUACAUUGACCACAAAAAACUGCGUUUCCAUGUGGAGAUUAUUAAAGACAUACAGAAUGGAAGAUCUGGAUACAAAGACUUUUCAGUAUGUAGUGAAAAUCUUGGGGAAACUGUCAGAGAAUGGGUCAGUGAUGGAUUUGACAAAAGAUGAAUAUCUUCAGGUGUUGUCUCGGGAUGAUCUGUCACAGAAAGAAGACGACGUGCUUCGAGAUGUUCAGAAGUGGAUCAGUCAGCACAAUCCUUCAGUUGAAAUUAUGGUCGACCUGUUCACACAAAUCAGAUUUGAGCAUGUUAGCAUCAGCUACUUGACAGAUGAUGUUAUUUAUACCAAAUUUGUCCACCAACACGAGGCAUUACAACAAGUAGUUCAGAAAGGUAUCAAAACCUAUUAUUCAUGCUACACAAAAAUGAACUAG